CAAGUACACUGCGGGGAAAGGAACGCAGCUUCGUUAAUUUCUCGCUUUACAUCCUUUUAAAAAAAUUUUGGAAUGUCACACCCCGGUUGUCUUCUACGGCGCCCUGCCAUAGCUUGCAUAGCGCCCAAGCCGACAAGCCCUCGAACAAGCAUACCUUCUGUCGGAGCUUCCGGGCCCUUUUGUAAACAGGCCAGCUACUUCCAGACGCAGUGCCCCCGUUCCCGAUACCUCUAUCCUUCUCUCACAUGCUUCCGCAGGCCAAAGAACAGACCUGUUCCCUUACAGAAUGUCCGGAGCUACCACUCCGAAUUCCACCCUGUUCCAGACCCGCCAGCGGAUACCUACACGCUUGAGCAAUCGGCCAUCCUUUCGACUGCGCUGAAGCAUGUCCCUGAGUAUGGGUUUUCAACCAAGGCAGUGAUUAUGGGAGCCCGGGAAGCGGGAUACUUGGAUGUUUCUUUGCAGCUUUUCCCUCGUGGGGGCGAGUUCGAAUUGGUGUUAUAUUGGUUGGCGAGCAGAAGAGGGCUAUUAAAGCAGAAAGUCGAAAGUGGUGAAAUAUUUGGUCAGAAAGACGAUGCUGAUGGGUCCAUCACACCUGCGGAGGUGGACCAAAGGGUGAGGACCCUGAUCAUGGAGAGAUUAAAAAUGAAUACGGAAAUAAUACAUCAUUGGCAGGAUGCCCUAGCAAUCAUGUCUCUCCCUCCACACGUUCCACCCUCUCUUUGCGAACUGUACAGGCUAUCCUCUGAUAUCCUAUACCUUGCCAAUGACCGUUCCGUUGAUGCGUCGUGGUAUACAAGACGCAUUUCCGUAGCUACCAUUUAUGCUAGCGCGGAUAUAAACAUGACUGAAGAUGUAUCUCCGGGCUUUAGCGCCACAAUGGAAUUUGUUGACCGCCGGAUAAAUGAUGCAGAUGCUGUCACGGAUACAUUGAGUGAUGUAAAGCGAUACAUGGGAUAUGUUGCUGGCAGCGUAUUUGCUGCUGGAAGGAGUUGGGGAAUGAAGGUAUGAAUGCCUCAAAUGCAGGCUUCAGGUCUAUUGAGAUGCAAAUGUGAUUCCCUGGUGUGGAGUAAUUAUGUAUAAUAUUUACCCUAUAAAAUAAUCAUAUACUGGAAGUUA